AUGGCCCGCAGGUUCCAGACCACCGUAAGACGUCGCGUCACAAGCGCGUACAGCGUACACGGUUCGGAGCUGUCGCCCAACCUGAAACAUGUGAAGUUAUAUACAAAUGAAUGUUUUCCGUGCAGGUCAAAUGAAAUUGAUCAACUUUUAAAUCUCUUUAAAUCGAAAGAAGAACCAUAUCCAUGUAGUGUAUAUGUUUAUGGAGGUCCAAGUACUGGAAAAUCAUCAAUUAUUAAACAUGUUCUAAAGAAUUUAAAAAUCAAUUAUGUUAUGAUCAAUAUAAUUGAGUGCUAUACGUCCAAAAAUCUCUAUGAAAUAAUUCUAAAUAAGUUUUCUGGUCUUCAUGUAUAUCCUUUAAAUGGUCAACCUUAUACAAAAUGUGAAAACCUGAUGGAAUUUACCUAUCAGUUAAAAAAAAUAUCUUCCAUAAUUAAUCUUAAUGGUUCAGUUCUGGUAAUUGAUAAAGUUGAUGAAUUAAGGGACAUGGACUUAAAUUUAUUGAAUGCACUAUUAAAAUUAAAAGAACUUACAGGAAUAUCAUUGUGUGUUGUUUUUGUAUCUGAAAUUUUAUUUGAAAAAUACGUUUCUAGAUCUAAUGUUUGUGAACCUAUAAAAAUUUAUUUUCCACAAUAUACUAAAGAGCAACUAUUGGAAAUUAUGAAGAAGGAUUAUAAUCAAGCACAGCAUUUAAUAGUAAAUAAUUUUCAAAAGCCCAUUCAUUUUGAUUUAACUUUUUAUCACAAUUAUUUAAACGUUUUUUUAUCAGUAUUUUUUCGAGCAUGUAAGGAUUUAGCAGAGUUGAAACAUAUGUCUAAAGUAAACUUUAUAAAGUAUUGUGACCCAAUAAAUCAAAACGAAAAUACAAUAAACGAUUCUGUCACUCUAUGGAGAAAUAUGGCCCCUUUAUUAAAAAGUUCUUUAGAAACGCUUUAUCUAAGAGUAUUGAUUAAAAACAGUGCAAAAUCAGUUGAAAUUCAAUCAAAGGAGUUUUUGUUUUCUAAAGAAAAGCUAGCCCAAAGUUUAGAGCUUCCUUACUAUGCCAAAUUUUUAUUAAUUGCAGCUUACCUAGCAAGUUAUAAUCCAGUUAAAGAUGACAAAAGACUUUUUAUGAAAUUUCACGAAAAAAGUAAAAAAUCAAUAAAAGACGUUAAACUUAAAAGCAAAGUAAGUGAACAUUAUAAUACCCAAUUAGGACCUAAAAUGUUUUCUUUUGACCGGCUGUUGGCCAUAUUUUAUGCAAUUUUGGAUAAAAAAGUUGGAUUUAAUAACAACCUUUUGGUACAAGUUUCGAGCCUAGUGGAAUUGCAAUUUCUAAUUACAAUUUCCGAUAAUUGCUCUCUAGAUGGUCAAAAGUAUAAAUGUAAUAUUAAUUUUGAGUUUGUAAACACAAUUUCUAAAAUGCUUGGAUUUAACAUAAGAAAGUAUUUAAGUGAUUUUAGUCAUAUGUAAAUUUUGUGUGUUAAAAUACAUAUACGAUAUUUGCA